UCUUUCUUGAAGUCUGGUUCUGCACCAGAAUAGCCUCAACAUUUUGUCAUCUUUUACAACUAAUGAGCUACUUAUCAAAAAUCACCAGACAAUGAUGUGAUGAUUAUCAAACCAUGAUCUAUUACGUAGUAUGAUUAGACAAUUAAUUGCCAAAUUAGGCAGCAACACAAAGUUUAGUCUAAUCAUUAAUGCAAAUUAAUGAAAUCCUGCUUGCCAUCUGUAUCGUAAGAACGAUGAUAAUUAUCAUUAAUUAUUACGCUAUCUUAGCUGGAUAGUCAGAUGGGUGCAAACUCCAUUGUUUUGUCCUCAUUGGAGAUUUAUCAGAUUAGCAAAUGACCCAUAAAGCUUAAAGAGAGCGAGGUGGAACUUGGAAGUGUGUAGUUUCAGGGUCUUGCAAAGUCUUGGAGAGAUGAGUGAAAACUCUCUAUUUGUGGAUGCAUGGAUGAGAGAAGCACAAGAGGUUUCCAGAUUGGUGGAGGACAUAGAAAGCAGGAUCAAGAACGGACACAGGCUUGGAGACAAUGCUCAAUCCAAGCUUUUGGAGGUCGGAGUCAAGCUUGAUCGCCUUGAAUCACUCCUCCAUAACCCACCUUCCAAACCUAUCUUAACUAAAGAAGAAACGAAAUUCCGAUGGGAAAUGCUAUCAGACCUCCGGCUAAGAACAAGGGUGCUGGCUUUCAGUCUCUAUACAUCACCAUCUACAAAGAGGGUAGGAGGGUCGGCUGUUGCAAAUGCUCAAGGAACCAAUAAUCCCACCAAAAGCGAUGACCAAGAUCAUAUAAAGCCCUCCAUAUCCAAAGAUGAUCCAGAGAUGCUCAAACCUCUUAUUUCAAAGGAUGCAUCGCAAAGUCGAGUGCAGAUGAAGCAGUCUGCUACUUGUAUUCCAAUGAGUGUACUCAGGAAGGUGUGUUGGAUCAUCUGUUUGAUUCUUGGAGUAGCUGCACUUAUUUUCCUCCUAGUUAUCCUCUGUGCAGCUAUAUAAUAUAUGGUGCAGUCUACCUAAAUCUUCCUAGUGGUGUGAUAUUAGUAUGGCUUCUUCAUGACUUCAGAGGUCAGGGCUGUGGCUGUUUACUCAGAAAAGUAGCUAAAGUUUUACUGGUCAUGUACAAAUUUGAUAACUCUAAUUCCAAAAGCCUCCUGACGGGUAGGGGACAAAAAAAGAAAUGGGGCAGCAGCAGCAGCAUCUUAAAUCCGUUCUCUCCUUUCAAGUUCUGGAUUUUUGUUUCCUAUUCAGUUGCCUCAAGCGAUUGGAGCUCGAAAAAAGGGGGUGGGGGUUGAAGUGGUGUGGGGUGUGGAGGAGGGAAGAUUAAUAUUGAAGGUGAUUAGAUUGCUUAAAAUCUGCAGAAAGAAGAAAGUUGAGUUGGAAGAUGAGAAUCAACAACAAAUUCCGGAGGUGGCUCGGGUUGCUGGAGAAUGUGAAGAUGGAUCAGCUCAGGGCUAACGCCAAAUACUUGGUCUGAGGAAUUAUCCAAUUUGUAUUGUAUUGUGGAAUCAUCCAAUUCAUGUAUAUUUCAUUUGGAUGUGGGAGUGUGGUAAUAGUUGCCUAGGAGGAGGCAGCUGAGACAAUUGAGGGCCUUCUAAUUCUGCUGUAUUGAAGUUAUAUCUAAAGACUCUGAAGUCGAGUUUGAGUCUCAAUCAAACCCAAUUGAACUUAAAAAAAAAAAAAAGAAAAGCACAACAAUUUAGAACGGUGGGGCACCAGAUAUACCUGUAAUUACAUGGAGAAUUAUUGAUGGACAAAUGAAACGUUGCAUCCGGAGUAGUUUUCUAACAUUUUAAAACUCUUGAUUGAGCAGUUGAUCCACCAAGAUGAAUUUGAGCUUCUUCUGUCUGCUUCUGCCCCAAGGGGACAUCUCUUGACUUGCAAACCAAAAGGAGGAAAAAAAAAAAGACCCUACCAAAUUCCGCAGCAUAUGGCCUCAUUCUUCACGUGUAAUCAACUCUAUAUGUCCCCAUCACAAGAGAGAUGCUUUUGAAGGAUUUCUUUCCAUGUAUUUUAAUUACUUUCUCAGUCCAAUAGUGAAGCAAGAUUACCACUGAGUAGCAAAGGCACCUUCAAAUUAAUCGACCUCAUUUGCCUUGUUUCAGUAAGUUAGGAGUUCAAAUCCUGACAACCUCUCCAAUUUUCAGAUGUACCAAGUUAAUGAAACCUGUUUAAUAAUGGAGCACACGUUAUUACUUGUGAGAAACAUGUGAUUCUUCUGUUUCUUCACAGAAAUAUGGGUCUCAAGACUGAAAGAAUCAAAUCCACAAAUCAGGGCCAAUCUUUUUUGGUACAACACGGAUCCAAUAAUGGUUUGAAGAACAAGGGGAUGAUACAUGUAUAAUGACACACAAGUGGUACGUAAAGGGUACAGGACCUAUACAUCUGUUCUGUUGACGAUGAGAUGCAGACAUGACACCAAACUUCCAAAUUGAUUUUAGCAUCUUCAGCCUGCAAGUGUAAGGGAAAUGCAACUGCAAAUGGUAAUCUAUAAUUCACUUUUUGUCUAAGCAAAGCAACAACAUCAUCAUUUCUCUCUUUAUAUAUUCUCUCUUUCAAGUUUCUUUCCUUAUAGCUCUAUUUUCUUUGUUCUUUAGUAGCAGUACUGCACCUACUAUGAAUCUAUCCCAUUUCUUCAAAUGGGUUGGCUUCAAUCCUUCUUCUCUCCAUUGAAGAAGCUGUGGUUUCGCCUACACUCAUCGGCUCAUAGAAAGAGUACAUUAUCUCUCUUAUGGUUCUCAUAGUAUAUCACUCUACUACUUGUACUCAGUUACCAUCUAUAAAUCUUAUAAUUAAUAUCCUAUUUGUGGCUAUAUAUUGUUAAUUUGUUAUAUUCUUUUUUUUCUUUUUAUUAGGUAAAGGCAUAUACAUUUUAUAUGAAGACGUGAAGUCCUGCCCAAGUGAAGAUGUGCACGUUCUUUGGUCGAUACUUGUAGAAUCCCAUGCACCUUCCACUUCCACCCAAACAGUGAAUUUAAGUAUGGGGGAAGACGAAUUGAGGUCUUCGCCCAUAAAUCCAUUGUAAACAUUUUUAUAUGAGGACAAAUUGAAUCCACUGACAUUCCUUCAAUGAGAUAUAUAGUAUUGAUUCCUGGAA